UAUCUCAACUGAUCGGAAAUAUGUCUUCCUCAAGUCCCGACCAGCGCCUGGAGCACCUCCUGAGCGCCGUGAAGAGCGAGUUUCAGGAGGGCAGCGAGAAAGGCGACGCGUUCGAGCGGGAUAUUAAACUUUCCCUAGAAGACGCGGAGUUAUGGAGCAAAUUUAAAGAGCUCACUAAUGAAAUGAUAGUCACUAAAACUGGAAGGCGAAUGUUUCCCGUGCUCAAAGCCAGUGUCACCGGUCUGGACCCCAACGCAAUGUACUCGGUCCUGCUGGACUUUGUAGCGGCCGAUAAUAAUCGGUGGAAAUAUGUGAACGGUGAAUGGGUGCCGGGCGGGAAACCCGAGCCUCAGAGCCCGAGCUGCGUCUACAUCCAUCCAGACUCCCCCAACUUCGGCGCGCACUGGAUGAAAGCGCCCAUCUCCUUCAGCAAAGUCAAACUCUCCAAUAAACUCAAUGGAGGCGGUCAGAUUAUGUUGAACUCUUUGCACAAAUACGAGCCCAGGAUUCACAUAGUGAAAGUCGGUGGGAUCCAGAAAAUGAUCAGCAGUCAGUCUUUUCCUGACACUCAGUUCAUUGCAGUCACAGCUUAUCAGAAUGAAGAGGUCACAGCUCUGAAGAUCAAGCACAACCCAUUCGCCAAAGCAUUCCUGGACGCCAAAGAAAGAAGUGAUCACAAGGAUGUCCCAGACCACAGCACUGACAACCAGCAAUCUGGAUACUCGCAACUUGGUGGCUGGUUCCUGCCCAGUAACGGCCCUAUGGGCCCCAGCAGCAGCCCUCCUCAGUUCAACGGGGCCCCCGUUCACUCCUCUGGCUCGUACUGCGAGAGAUACUCCAGCCUGAGGAACCACAGAGCUGCUCCGUAUCCCAGCCAUUACCCCCACCGCAGCACGACCAGCAAUAACUACAUGGACAACUCUUCCGGAAGUCUUGCUUCUCACGACAGCUGGUCGGCCCUGCAGAUACCCAACUCCAGUGGCAUGGGCACCCUGGCCCACACCACCAACACUACCUCCAACACCAGCCAGUACCCAAGCUUGUGGUCGGUCGCGGGGACGAGCCUCACCCCCUCAGGCUCAGCAUCAGGGUCCAUCACGGGCGGCCUGACGUCUCAGUUCCUGCGCGGUUCCUCGGUGUCCUACUCGGGGCUGACCUCCUCUCUGCCCGUGUCCUCUCCCUCCUCGAUGUAUGACCCGGGCCUGAGCGAGGUCGGCGUUGGAGACGUUCAGUUUGAGAGCUCCAUCGCCAGGCUUACAGCGUCCUGGGCGCCUGUGGCACAGAGCUACUGAGAUCCAUCUGACUCCAGACUGUGACUUUCAGGACUCGAUCUGAGGUGAAGAUCCUACAGAGGCUGGUCAGACAGCAGAUGUCUACGUCUAGAGGGAAUGUAGAAGAGCCUCUCGCCAUUUCGAAUGGAAACGGGCUGAUUUUCUUAAUCCACGUCUGUAUGGUAUCGCGGCAUGAAUUAAUGCAAUCAAGACCUGGCGAGAGACAAUCACUUAAUCAUAGAGUAUCUAUAUUUGCAAAAACCGUCAUUCGAAUUUUAGACGUUAGUCAUAAAAAUGGGGCCAAUCGUGGUGUUUAUUGUUCUCAAUAAUAUUAUCUAAAAGAUUAAUAAGACCAAAUCGUGCUGUUGACUAACUAAAAUGUAUAUGUGUGUAAAUAAAUAGAAAUUAAUGCCCAUUUUCAUGGUAUUACAGUAACAGUAACAGUGCUUUCUGUAGAACGGGAGAAAGACGGACUUUGCUGUUUAGUUUGAAA